GUGUUGCUCAUAGUUUACUUCAACAUGAAGCAGAAGGGGUUGACUUUAAAAACGAUGGUGAAGCAAUCAGACACUACUCAUACAAAUAACGAGCAUGAUGAAAAUCUACCGCUUGUUCAUAUCAUGCGAAAUGAACACAAGGUGCCAUAUGGAGUUCAGAGGAGCAAUGAGAGCAGCGAGACAAUGCAACAGAUCCGAGAGAACAAAGAGAAACUCAAGGCCUGGAUCGGAGCGGAUCCCUCGGCUUUCCUGGAGCAUCUCAACGGCUUCAAAUUGAUUCCACGACGAGUUCACCAAGCGGCCGUCGACAAGGGUGGAGAGGAGAGUGUGGAGCUCGUUCUGGACCACUUCAUCAGCCAGGGAGAGGCACGCUGUGAGACGCUGUGGGACUCCCUCUACUCUGUGAGGAAGCAAUACGUGCAGCUGUGGAAGUGGAUUCAGACACACGGCGAGGCAUUGAGGGCCAUUCGAGAUAAGGAGUCGGAUCUGAAGCUCUGGAUCGCCAGAGACCCCAAGCAUCUUCUGCUGCAGCUGAUGAGUCGGGGACGGAUCCCGAACGAGCUCUUCACCGAGGCCAAGGGCAUCCGGGAUGGCGUGGAGUGCACGGAGCUGCUGCUCAACUUCUUCAAAGAGAGAGGGAAUGACGACUGCCUCAAGCUGCUCUUUGCCCUGCAGGCCGUGCAGAACGAGUAUCCUGGACUCAAGGAGUGGCUGGGAGGCCUUGGUAACAAAAUAAUACAUUUAUAAUUAACGUUUAAUUUCAGACACAAUCCACAUUUGUCGCAUUAACCGGCCAUCAUUCCUUCUGGUGACAUG